UUUUGAGAUUUGAAUAUUUUGGAGCGCGUCAGUCAACAGUUGCGUUCUGCUGCCAGCGCAAAUGUUUUGUUUCGGUAUUCCGUGGUUUGAUAUCCAUACAUUUGAAUAUCACCGGUUUUAGUAUGAUCCCUUCAACUUGGGAUGAGCUUAGAAUACAAGCUCGAAUACUGGAGAGCGAGAUUGAUUCAAAAUUAGCUGCUUUUGGUAAAAUUGGAACUCGACCAGUAGAACACAAACACAUUCCUCGUUUUACCAAUUCUGGAAUAAUCAGUAAAAGCAAUGUAAUCCCAGAAGUACCGUCACAUGUAGAUUUCGACACAAACUUCAACGUAAUGUGCAAUGAAAUAGAAGAACAACUGCAGAGACUUACCCAAAUCAAUGAACGGAUGGCAACUUUUGUCCCUGAAACAGAAACUACACCUACCUCUUUUGAUAGUACUGCACGAAACCCACUCAAUUCUACUAAUAUGGCAGCUGGAAGACUUAGUCAACUGCAUACAGCUAAACGACAUCGUGAAAUUCUUCGUGAUUAUUCUCAGGAGUUUCGUCAAACUAAAGCUAAACUCAUUGCUGCACGUGAACGUGAAAACCUUCUAGGAUCUGUUUAUCGAGACACAAACUCCACAACUGUAAAUCUAAGCGGUGAUUUUACUUCAAAACCUCAAUCUGAUGUAGAUUCUUCCGGUGGUAAUCAACGUUCCGGUUUACAGUCAAAUAUAUCUAGUUCAACUCGUUUACUUCUAGAUGAACAAGAAAAAUACCAUCGCUCUAAUCGUCUGUUGGAUGAACAUUUAGCUGCAGCAUCAACAAUACGAGCCGCAUUACGUGCCCAACGCUUCGCACUACGCACUGCCUCAACAGGUCUAUCGAAUUUAAGUUCCCGUUUUCCACAGGUAAAGAAACUGAUCAAUAAAAUUGACUGGAGACACAAGCAAGACUCAAUUGUUUUGGGGCUAGUCAUUGGUUGUUGUGUUGUGUUUCUGCUAAUUUACCGCUUCUUUUGAGUUAUAUGCAUAUAUAUUACUUAUUUUUUUAGAAGGUAGUACUGUGAUGUUUUCACUAAUAUCUUGUAAUUUCAAAGUACGAAUGAGGUGCGUGUGAGUAUGUACAUGUAUUUCUGCUAUUGUUGAUAUUAUUAUUACUAAUCCCUUACUUUUCAUGUUGCCAAUAUCUUCUCACUAAUAGUAUCUGAAGUUUGGUUUUUCAAGUUGAUACACAAUGUUUAGCUUUCACAAAUAGAGGGGUCUUAAAAAAUGGAAUAAACAAGCUAUAUCCCAAGUCUAUUGAUAAAAACCUAACCAAACAUGUUUAGACAUGUUCUAAAAUAGUUCCUGUAAAUCGGCAUGGAGCAAACCCAGGGUAUCUUAAGGAGAAUAUCUCCAUAAACAUAUUGAAUUAACAUAAUAAAAAUCUUAUGGGAAUUGCUAUAAAUAGGGGGAAUGUUUUAUGCACACC